AUGGCGUGCCGUCGUGCCUGCGCGCCUCGUCGUGCCGCACCGCCGCCGUCGCUCAGCCGCGUCGCGCCGUGCGCCGUCCAGGGCAGCCGCCCGCGCGUCUUCCGCGCCAUCGCCUUGCGCCGCUUGCGCCGCACCGUAGCGCCGCUUGCGCCUUCGUGCGCCGCGUCGCCAUCCCGUGCGCGCCGUCCGCCCAUGCCACCGUGCUGCUCCCUUCCUGAGCGCUGUCCGCGCGCCGCGUUCCACCACGCCGCGUGCUCGCGCCGACCCGCCCCGCCCUGCCGGCCGCUCGGUCACCGCUCCUGCGCGCCUGUCGCGCUGCUCGGCCGCGCCCAGCUGAGCCGCGCUGCGCACAGCCGCCGCCCGUGUGCGCCGUGCCGCCUGGCCACCGCGCCGUCCCCGCCGGUCACCGCCUCCCUCCGCUCCCUUCACCAUCUCUCCGCCGCGCCGACCCGCAUGUCCUCCGAGCCGCCGCCCUCUGCACCAUCCCGACCGUCGCCGCGCUCUGCGUCCCGCGCGCGCCGCGCCGCUGGCCGCCACGCCGGUCCGCGUCGUACUGCGCCACCAGCCUGA